ACUGUCCACCUUUAGAGUUUAAUGUAGCAGCAACCGUCACUGGAGACAAAGAUAUCAGAUAAAUCCUGUUAUUUGUGUUUUAUUUUAAAUAUAAAACAUCGGCUGAGUGACUUAAGAUUUUAGUUUGUGGCUUAAACGAAGACAAACUUUUACAGAAGUCGUACAGGGAUGUUAGCCGUUCUGUGGCUAGCCAGUGUUAGCAUAGAUAGUAGCUAACGUUGUUUUCAUGAAUUCAUCUUAAAUAAAUUAGGUUGUUUUUAAAUUCUGGAUUAACUUCUGCUGUAAAUGGACGAGCACAAGGAGAAUAUCAUUACCAAGGACUUGAAUGUAAAGAUGUCUGCUACAAGAGAAGAUGAAAAGGAGAAGUCUUGCAGCAGGAUUUGCCCUGCUGAAGAAUCUGCUCCUCAGGUUUCCCCGUCUCAGUCAAACAGCGACUUCAGUCACCCCGUUUACAAAGAGAUCGCUUUGGCCAACGGACACAUCAACCGCAUGUCUAAGGAUGAGCUCCGGAUCAAGUUAGCAGAGCUGAAGCUCGACACAAGAGGAGUGAAGGAUGUGAUGAAGAAGAGGUUGAAGAGCCACUAUAAGAAGCAGAAGCUGAUGCAGUCUGCAGCUGAGGGAGGACCCACUGACACCUACUACGACUACAUCUGCGUGGUGGACUUUGAAGCGACAUGUGAGGAGGAUAAUCCCUCAGACUUCCUUCAUGAAAUCAUAGAGUUCCCUAUGGUUCUCAUCAACACGCACACUUUAGAAAUUGUGGACAGUUUUCAGGAAUAUGUAAAACCUGAGUUGAACCCGCAGCUUUCAGACUUCUGUGUGAAGCUAACAGGGAUAACACAGAAAAUGGUUGAUGAAGCAGACCUGUUCCCGGCAGUCCUUCAGCGAGUGGUAGCUUGGCUUCAGGAGAGAGAGCUCGGAACAAAAUAUAAAUAUGCCAUCCUGACUGACGGGGCCUGGGACAUGAGCAAGUUCCUCAACAUCCAGUGUCGUAUAAGCCACAUCAGAUAUCCUCAGUUUGCGAAGAAGUGGAUAAAUAUAAGGAAAUCAUACGGGAACUUCUACAAGGUCCCUCGCACACAGACCAAGCUGAGCACCAUGCUGGAGAAGCUGGGUCUGAAGUACGAAGGCCGUCCUCACUCCGGCCUGGACGACUCGCGCAACAUCGCACGGAUAGCUGUUCGCAUGCUGCAGGACGGGUGCCAGCUGCGCGUCAACGAACGCAUGCACGGCGGCCAGCUGCUCUCGGUUCCCAGCUCGGCUCCCGUGGAAGGAGCUCCACCACCACGCAACCCCCGCACCCGAGACUAGAGCCAGAGACCGAGGCAUGUCUUGACUCUUUACUCUCAUGAGUUACAGAAAAAAGAAAAUCUAAAGCACUUUACAGUCUUCAUGUAAAGUUGUACAGUAUUAAUUUGGAGCUUGGUGAAGGGUAUUUCAUUUUCACCAAUAAAAGGAGAAAAUACUGUAUUUUGAUUUAAGAUUGUGCCGGUCUUUGACUUCAUAUAUGUGAGGGUUUCUCUCUGACCACAUCUCCAUAUAUUUUUACACCAGAUGUCUGAAAGCAAAGCUCAUUCCAGUGUGUUUGUGGGAGGAUUUUCCUCAUUAGCUUCAGUCUUGUCAGUCUGUUAAACCCACCUCACCAUGCCUUAAGCUGCUGAAAAUAAUCCCAAAAAAAUGAUUAAAAUGUCUCUUAAUUGUCCCAUGGUAUCGUCUUUUCCGUUUGCUCUGAAGAAUACACUGAAUAAUUUUUAUUUUUGUGGCAUUAAAUGGAAAAAAAAAUAUUAGUCACCUGCAGCUUCACGACAACAAUAUCAAUGUAAGUGUUGCUCUUUAAAACAAACCAUAUCUGUCUGACUAUUGUGCUACUAUUAUAAACACAUGAAAUCUACACGAAUGCUGCUACUGCUGUGUUGUCUGAAGUCCUACCUAAUAACAGAGCCAUACCAUCAUCACAGUGCCACUUCUCCAGCGUGAGGUGAAGGUUUGAAAACAGUCCUGUGGACUUUCAUCGUCUGUAUUGUCUCAGAUCCUGAGAUCCUGAGAAGUAAAGUCAUUAUACAAAACAGUGCAGGUGUUCAUUUAGCAAAGUAUCUGAUGAACAGCUGAAGACACUGGAGUCUAUCUGUGCGAGUAAAGCCUGUGUUGUAGGAUCAUGUCGCCUUUUUGUAUGGAAUUCAUUUCUAUUUCAUGGAGCUUGAUCUAUUUUAACAGGAAUAAAUAUUCUUAUGAAUGCUAAAACAAUACAAAUAAAAUAUGUUUCCUCUUGUACACAG